CUGCACCCCACAUCCUGUCCUGUUUUGAGAGGAGGAGGGAAGAGAAAUAAACGUGGCAGCGCACACAAGGCCAGCGGGGAGACACCUCCAGCUCGCAAGGCUUUUCACCCUCAUCUUUUCAGUCCUGGAAAAGGAAUUCGGGCUUUCAGUCUCCAACGUCUGCAGUCUGUAUUUCUGCCCUUUAGUCUGUCUUUGCCUGAAGCUCUAACUAAACCGAAGGAAGAAGCAACCUUGAAACCUCCGAGGUCCAUUUGCCUCUUAGGCUCUGUGCAACUGCAGGUCCAGUGGAAAACAGCUAACUGCUUCUCAUCCCAGGAAGGUGGGUUCUGCUCAGCUCACAGCCUCAGCAAAACUCACAAGCCUGAGCUGAAGACCUCACCUUGACGUGCACACAUCCCACUUAGGCAAGCCAAUUCUACACCCUGGAUCAGAGAAUCACACCAGCUGCACCAUGAGCCGUGUUCGGGAUGCUGGCUGUGUAGCUGCAGGGAUAGUGAUUGGGGCUGGUGCCUGGUACUGCGUCUACAAAUACACCAGGGGAAGAGACCAGAAGAAGAAGAGACUGGCCAAGCCCAAGAACCGGGCUGCAGCUGGGACUGGAGCCAGGGCUAAAGCUGGGCUAAGGGCUGGGUUCACUAUUGACCUUGGGCCAGGAUUCAGUCCCCCAGCUCCAGUCCAUACUGGGGCAGAGGACAAGGCUCAGGAUGAAGCCUCUGCUCUUGAUACUGCAGGAGCUGAGCCAGUGGUCCCAGCUGUGUCUAGCCCCGAGGCUCAGAGUGGGGCAGGAAAUCAGGUCCAGGAGACAGAUGGAGCUGGGGUUGGGCCUAAGAUUGAAUCAGUAGUCGUGGCUGCAGCAGCCUCUUCAGUGGCACCACCUCCUAUGGUGGCAGAGGCUCCCACAGCUGCAGAGGCCCCUGCAGUGGCAGAAGCUCCCAGCACAGCAGAGGCGUCAAGGGCUUCAGCACCUCCCAGAGUGGCAGUGACUCCUGGGGCAGCAGCACCUCCUGGGGCAGCAGCACCUCCCGGGGCAGCAGUGACUCCUGGGGCGGCAGCAGCACCUCCCAAGGCAGCAGUGACUCCCGGGACAGCAGCAGCACCUCCCAGGGCAGCAGUGACUCCCGGGGCAGCAGCAGCACCUCCCAGGGCAGCAGUGACUCCCGGGGCAGCAGCAGCACCUCCCAGGGCAGCAGUGACUCCCGGGGCAGCAGCAGCACCUCCCAGGGCAGCAGUGACUCCCGGGGCAGCAGCAGCACCUCCCGGGGCAACAGCACCUCCCAGGGCAGCAGCACCUCCCAGGGCUACAGCAUCUCCAGGGGCAGCAGCAACUCAUGGGGCAGUGGCAGCUCAUGGGGGAGCAGCAGCAGCACCUCCUAGAGCAGCAGUGUCUCCUGGUACAGCAGCACCUCCCAGGGCAGCAGCAUCUGCUAUGGUGGCAGCAGCCUCAGAGGCUGUGGAGGCUCCUGGGGUGGCAGCACCUACUGAGGUAGCCCGGACUUCUGGAAUGGCAGCACCUGCAGAGGUGGCCGAGUCUCCUGUGCCCACACUGCCUGCUGGGUCAGCAGCACCUACUGGGGCUGCAGAGGCUCCUGGAACUUCAGGGUCUCCUAGAACAGCAGUAGCUGGCAAGAAAGCAACCCCUGGGGCUCACACUGGGGCUAUACCUAAGGCUGCCUCUGCCACUGGAGCUGUGCCCAAAGGUGGAGCCAAGGGUGGAACCCGGUCCCGGACUGGAGGCAAAGGCAAGAGCAAGAAAAGCAAGGUUGAAGUAGAUGAGUUGGGAAUGGGAUUCCGCCCUGGGGAUGGGGCUGCAGCUGCUGCUGCAGCCUCCGCUAAUGGGGGAGAGGCUUUCCUAGCAGAGGUCCCUGACUCUGAGGAAGGGGAAUCUGGGUGGACUGACACAGAGUCGGAUUUGGAUUCUGAACCAGAAACCCAGCGCAGAGGGAGAGGGAAAAAACCUGUUCCCAUGCAGAAGCGCCCCUUUCCUUAUGAAAUUGAUGAGAUUCUGGGUGUCCGAGAUCUCAGGAAAGUACUUGCCUUGCUUCAGAAAUCAGAUGAUCCCUUCAUUCAACAGGUAGCUUUGCUCACCUUGAGCAACAAUGCCAAUUAUUCAUGUAACCAAGAGACGAUUCGCAAAUUGGGAGGCCUCCCAAUUAUUGCAAACAUGAUCAACAAAACUGAUCCCCACAUUAAAGAAAAAGCCUUAAUGGCCAUGAAUAACCUGAGUGAAAAUUAUGAAAACCAGGGCCGUCUUCAGGUAUACAUGAACAAAGUAAUGGAUGAUAUUAUGGCCUCUAACCUGAACUCAGCAGUACAGGUAGUUGGACUAAAAUUUUUAACGAACAUGACUAUUACCAAUGACUACCAGCACCUGCUUGUCAAUUCCAUUGCAAACUUUUUCCGUUUGUUAUCUCAGGGAGGUGGGAAAAUCAAGGUUGAGAUUUUGAAAAUACUUUCCAAUUUUGCUGAAAAUCCAGAUAUGCUUAAAAAACUUCUCAGUACCCAAGUGCCAUCAUCAUUUAGUUCCCUGUAUAAUUCUUACGUGGAAUCAGAAAUUCUUAUCAAUGCCCUUACUCUAUUUGAGAUUAUCUAUGACAAUCUCAGAGCAGAAGUGUUCAACUACAGAGAAUUCAACAAAGGUUCCCUUUUUUACUUAUGCACUACAUCUGGAGUGUGCGUUAAGAAAAUUCGAGCCUUAGCAAAUCACCAUGACCUCUUGGUAAAAGUGAAAGUUAUAAAACUGGUGAACAAAUUUUGAUUGUUGUGUGCUCUCAAAAGACUUGAAAUUCCUUGUUCUUGUAGUCUGGAAGCAUUGAAAAUUGAAAGUUACUGCUUUUCCAUUUGCUUGUAUAGUAAAGGGAUCCUUUCAGCUGCCAGUUUUGAAUAAUCAUCCAGAGUGAUCUUAUCUGUGACAGUCAUUUAUGAAUACCAAAUAGUCCUCUUGUACUGAAAAUACAUUUGUGAUUUUAAUCGUGCUGCUUAGAUGGAAUAUUUUUACUGGUUCUUCUAUGUGACUUGACAGUGAAUCUGUCCAUCGUGAAUGGCCUACUCUGCUAUUAUUUGUUUUGACUUGA